CACUGAACCGGGAAAGUCGCUUCGAACCAAACAGCGUGCUUCACAUUCAACAGUCUAUUCAGUAAUCGCCCAACGCAAAGGAGCGCUCAUUAUAGAACAGUUUGAGAGAGCGACAGAGAGAGAAGUUGAAUGAACAACACUUUCGUUUGUUUCUCGCAGGAUUUAAGGAUAUUUAAACGGACUUCUAGUCUUUUUAACAACGUUUUGCAAUAUUUAUAUUUUUUCCUCAGUCAAAAAGCCAAUUUUGAUUUAUAUUCUCUAUUUGGGACCGUUACAUAAAGUGAUUGAAAACGUUUGGACGCGUCAUCUCUGAACAAUCUCAAGAAACUGCUGAGUGCACGCAAACAUGCCGUCGCUUCUAGAUUGAACAGGUUAGCUCGGAUUUCCGUUAAGUAUUUACAACUAUUUGUGACUGGGCACCGGACAGGCAGACUUUACCUCAGAUGCACCUCACAUACAUGACAGACCCCGUUUAGAGCGCAGAGGAGAGCGAGGAACAAAAACAUACCGGCUCAAACCAAACAAACCGUUUGUAGUUUGACAGUUAGAGGCGGUUAUGCCAGCCGCUGACUUCGACAUGGUGGUUGACAGUCCCCGGUUACACGGGGGUAAAGCCCCCGCCUCUACCCCCAACAACGAGAACGUUGUCCCGGCUUCCCUAAGCAGUCCUGCCGUGGAUAUCCUGCGGAACUUCUACCAUACCAAGCGUGUGGGAAACUACUUGAUCGGGAGGAAACUUGGAGAGGGCUCCUUCGCUAAAGUCCGAGAGGGACUUCAUGCCAUGACCGGAGAGAAGGUUGCAGUAAAGGUGAUAGAUAAGAGGAAGGCGAAGAAGGACUCGUAUGUGACUAAGAACCUCCGUAGAGAGGGUCAUAUCCAACAGAUGAUCAGACACCCCAACAUCACCCAGCUGCUGGACAUACUGGAGACUGAGAACAGUUACUACCUGGUGAUGGAGUUGUGUCCUGGAGGAAACAUCAUGAACCGGAUCUACGAUAAGAAGAAGCUGGACGAGAGAGAGACUCAGAAAUACGUUCGGCAGCUGGUGAUGGCUGUGGAACAUCUACACAGAGCUGGAGUGGUGCACAGGGAUCUGAAGAUUGAGAACCUACUAUUGGAUGAACAGGACAGCAUCAAGCUCAUCGAUUUUGGUCUUAGUAACUGUGCAGGGAUCCUGGGUUACUCAGACCCAUUCAGUACGCAGUGUGGGAGCCCAGCCUACGCUGCUCCAGAACUACUGUCCCGCAAGAAGUACGGCCCCAAGGUGGACGUCUGGUCCAUAGGAGUGAACAUGUAUGCCAUGCUGACUGGCAGCCUUCCCUUCACCGUGGAGCCCUUCAGUCUCAGGGCGUUGCACCAGAAGAUGGUGGACAAGGAUAUGAACCCUCUACCGCCCUCUCUCUCUACAGCGGCCAUCUGUCUGUUGAAGAAGCUGUUAGAACCAGAUCCAGCUAAGAGACCCAACAUCCACCAGGUCAUGGUCGACUCCUGGCUACAACUGGCUAACGCUAACACUGGAGCACCCUACCUCAACAGACUGGAGCACCCUACCUCAACAGGUACACACACAGGUCUGAUGGCUAACGCUAACACUGGAGCACCCUACCUCAACAGGAUCCACAUUGAGGAGAUCAACCACAUGGUAUUACUGCAUAUGACAGAGAGGAUGGGCUACAAACACAGCGAGGUGCUGAGUGCCGUGCUCACCAACAGAGCCUGUCACACCCUGGCUGUCUACUUCCUGCUCAACAACAAGAUGAAGAGGCUCUCCAAAGAGUACAGGGAGAAGGUGUACCAGGAGAAGGAGAAGAAGACAGAGAAGAAUGAAUACUUCCAAACCCAGUGGAGAAAACACGUAGAGAAGGUCACCAUCCCUCCUAAACAGACUCCCGUCUACCUGGCCGUUAGCAAGGGCCCGAGCAAGGAGAAGAAGCACAGGAAUGGUCUUCUGCGAGCGGUGACAGGUAACUUCCACCGUGCUUCUCCUCUCGCCCCGUCCGGCACCGUCGCCUCGUCCUCCAUGGAAUACCUAGAGAUACACCCCCUCUUCCCCCGCACGCCACAGCCAAUCAGGCGCCUCGAAACUCUCCAGGUGGCCAAUAAUAGCCCAGACCACAUCCCUGCCCCCCCGGCUCCCUCUCCAAUCGGUAUGCAUUCCUACGACUCCCUCUCCAAAGCCGAGCCAAUCGACGACGUUGUGGUUCCUGCCUCGGCCACUCCCUGGUACAAACUGACCAAUGGGACCUUCUCCCCUCCGCGACAUGUCUCCGCCUUUCACCCUGACUCCUCCUACUUAAAAAAGGCGACCAUCCCCAGCCCCCCCGUCCUCAUCGUCAACCCCCAGCCUAAAAAGUCCUCCUCUAACUCGGGUGACUGGUGCGGGUCAGACACCAGCUGUAGCCCCCCCAGCUCCUUCGGCAGCCCCCCAGGAGGCUCAGCCUUCUCCCCGCCCAAAUCAGCCUUCUCCCCCCUCAACCCGUCAUCUGCCUUCAGUCCUCCGUCCUCCGGGGGCAGCGUUGAGCCAGACAGCCCCUAUCACCGCGGCAGUAGGUUUCCCUCUAUGGGCAUCGGUCAGAUCCUGAAGAAGAAGGUUCCCUUCCAGCCGUUCAGUUUCAGGGCGGAGCAAGCGGUGGAGGAGGAUCUGGUGUCUCCGCCCCCUUACCACAUGCAGACGCUGCUCUGCGCCUCCGGGGCGCUCAAGACCCUCUGCUGAAGCAUUCUGGGUAACGGAACAAUGGCGAUGAUCAAUGACCAUGUGGAGGAGAAAAGAUGUCGUCGUUUCAGAUAGUUUUUUUAUCUCGAUCACACUUCCUGCGUCCUGUUUUGGGGCAGGAAGUGGGCGUGGUUCUUCCUGAGCAGCCUUGGAACUUUUGUGAACUUUGACCCUGUGAACUGUCCUCUGCUGAGGCAGUCACCAUGACGACACUAUGACUCUAGAUACACAGAGACACUCUGGCUGUUGGAGUGAAAGACUAUAAAAUAAAACACAGAAGACUAAAGGUGGUUUGAAAAUGAAAUGAAAAUGACUGUUUGUACUGUCAAUGAUUGUUUCUGAAAGGCCUUUGUGAAGACAAGCUGUGACUCCAGUGACUGGAACAUGUGAAGUAAAGCUCUACAGUGUCAGAGUUUUACCUGUCAUUGUUACAUAUUGUGUUGUGAGAGAGGGCUGAGUGACACACACACACACACACACACACACACAUUCAGGGAAAUUAAGGUGAGGUUUUUACAGUGGAAAUGGCUGUAUUAUCUAACUAUUGUAAACCAAACCUACAACGAUGUCAGGGGCUGAUUUUCCCUGGAAGACUGUUGUGUCAUUGUUCCAGGACGUUCCUUCAGCUUGAUAUGACUGUGGUUGUGUACGUUAAGCCACAUAGUUUGAGUCAACCAAUAUACCAACAGCUGCCUGUCAGUCUCACCUUUCUGCUGUCACAUUCAUUAAAACCAAACAUGCUGUGAUCUGUGGUUAAGAUCAGUCGAUUAGUUAUGUGGAAUUUCCGCUUUGGUUUCAUUCCAACGGAACCUGACCAUCAACCGUGGGUUCUAGCGCAGAAUUAGAACGCGUUCUAAUUCUACGGUUUCCACUGUGAAUUGUGUUCCACUGGAACCAAACACUGCAGAAUCCUAGCGAUUUUAGUUUGUUUUCUGAGCCAGUCACAUAACCUUCCAUACCGCUCUGACCUCCCUAUAGGGUUGUGUUCUGAGCCCAACUGCCAACCUGUUAUACAAUCAGCUUCUAUACGACAGUGAAAUAUACAUCAUUCUAUAUGACAGUUUAACUAUUAGACCAUCCAUUCCUUAGGCUGCGUCCCAAAUAGUAUUCUAUUCCCUACAUAGCACACUGCUUUUAACCAGAGCCCUAUGGACUAUAGAAUGUGUAGGAUACCAUUAGGGACUCUGUUAGCAGAUCUACCUGUUGAGACAGACAAGUUAUAUAAAUGUGUCAAAGGUAUUACAAUGAGUUGCUGAGUGUUGUAACCCUGCCCUGCCUCAGACUGAAACAGGAGGAGGAAGAGGAGGGUAGACCUUCCACUAUCACGGCACGUAAAAGUGAUACAUUUCAUAUCGUCUUUAAGUGAUACUGACUGUAGUUUGUGCAAUAUUGCUAUGUGUGUGUUCUGCCUGCCGUAAACAACGGUAUUGCCAAGGUGCUUUCUGAACGAAUGGAAACGAUGGGUGUUGUAGUGCCAGUUUACCGUGUAAUUAAUAAUACUGUAUGAUUCCGGGGGUUCUAAAGGUUCUAAAGGUUCCCGAUGAUGGAUUCUAGUGUUCUGUAUUCUAUGAUUUUUUUUAACUACUACUGUCUUCUUGUACAUAUUGACUGUGACCUUUGACUUUGUCACAUCGUUGAUUCACCAGACCGUUUUGGACGAGCGAAACGCUUCCACUUUACACAAUGCUUCUCCCUUUUGACGUAGAAUGUGUUUCAUAUCUGUCAACACUUGCAUGCAAGACUGUUUUAAUACCGAAUUUAAUAGGAACAUUUAAAAACCUUUUGAACUUUUUGACAAUAUGAAAUGUCUUUGUAAGUCUUUUUUUUUAAAUUUAAAAUGUUUUUUUUCUGUUGUUGAAAUGAACGGACUUGAUUCAAGGUUCUUUUGGGACAAAUAGCUUUUUGCUUUUGAGUGUCGAGAUUUUUACGAUGGCUUAUAAAAAUAUUUUAAAUAUUUA